GCAGGUUAGCUGUUCAGCAUAAGUUACCAUGGUGAUUUACCCCGUAAGAGGAGAAGGAUCUUCAUAGGAUGGAAAAACUGAAGGCACCGCGAUAGCCUCAAAUCCAGCUUCAUAUAACAGAUGUGAUGCUCCACAUGAGUGAAUGGCCCCUCGUAUACCAGACAUGACAGCAAAGGAACCCCUUGGCUCAUUGAGCCCCAUGGGGGAGGUCAAUUUAAUGCCUGAACAUAGGCUGGAGGAGGAACUCCCCAGCUGCAACCCAGAAGUAACGCACUAUCUCACAGAUGUGCCCAGUGAGGAGGUUGCAGCAGUCGCUGACAGUGUGUGUGCCGAGGAGCUGUUCUGUAGGAUCUGCCAUGAAGGCAGGGCCUCAGGGGAGCUCCUGUCCCCUUGCGAGUGCUCUGGUACCCUGGCCAUGGUGCACCGGUCCUGCCUGGAGCAAUGGCUUGCCACCUCCAACAGCGGGCACUGUGAACUCUGCAACCACCAGUUUGCACUCGAGCGCCUGCCAAAACGUCUCAGUGAGUGGUUGUGUGCUCCAUCCAUGCAGCAGCAGAGGAGGACGCUGUGCGGUGAUGCAUUAUGUUUCCUGUUAAUCACACCACUGGCCAGCCUGUCAGGAUGGCUGUGUGUUCAGGGAGCCAUGGACCUCUACUACACCAAUGGCAUGGAGGCCCUGGGGCUCCUGGUGCUCACCCUGGCUCUGUUUACCAUAUACGUCUUCUGGACCAUGGUAUCUGUGCGCUACCAUAUGCAUCUGUUCAAGACGUGGAAGAAAACUGACCAGAGAGUGCGACUGCAGAUUCCCUUGUCUGACCACAUAACACACAACCAACAGACCCUGUCCAUUAACAGCCAAAUCAAAGCUACCAACAAAGAGAUUAUGGUAUAGACUACAUUCUACAACACUGAACAGACCUCAAAUAUAAGGGAAGCGAGUAAUGAAGCUCAGGACAAAUUCCUAUACACUACAGCAGGGUUGAAGCCACUGAUGGAAGAUCCUCCAAUCCUCCAAGAUGUGGAGCUGAUGAACCAGCCUCUAUAACCUUUUACCUACAAAACUUAUUGUGGAAACUCCGACCCAAGAAUAACUGCAUCACUGUGGCAACUGUGGACAAUCAUUUUUCACAGUCCACACCAGGGAUGUAGUACUUGAGUCCUGGAAUCGGACUCGAGUCGCUAUUUUUGGGACUCGUGACUCAACUCGGACCCGCACAUUAAUGACUCGGACUUGGACUCUGACUCGAGGACUAAUGCAAGAGGACUCAAGCUUUCAUGAAAUGUGACUUGAAGGUGGAUGAAGUCCCUGACAACUUAUAUGUUUAAUAGGUCUGUCAAUUUAGUCUGUAACAGUUUCUUGCAAGGGCAGGGUGUGUGCCCUCUUCUACCUGCAGAUUCAGCGCGCCCCACGCUGUGAACAAAUUUGGAAGCUGUCUGGAAAGAGCUCCGCUAAAUGCACAAUUUGUCGGCGUACGAUUGAGGAGAAGUCUGGGACGACGUCUAAUUUUAGCAGACAUCUGUCACGCCGUGACAGUCAGUUAAUAAACUCCCGUUGAAUGGUG